AUGUCCCACUCUGCUGUGCCUCAUCAUUGCUUCGACAGCAACGACGGUCCCGACGACUCGUCCGUUCUGACUCAUCUGCCACCAGUAUGUGACUCCUGCGGACGUGUGGACUUCCAAGAUAUCUACACCUCCCUUCGCGUGCUGCAGUCCUUGGUGGAUCUCAUGGGAGCGGCUCCGACGAGCAAGUUCCAUUCGCAGGCGGAGAACCCGAGAGCAUCACCAGAUGGAAGAAAGGCGAACUGGGCAUCUCGCGAGGUCGGCUCUCAUGAAGGAAUAACGACUGUGAUGAUGAGACACAUCCCAAAUCGGUAUACGCAGGCCGAGCUGAUCGCCGAGGUAACUUUCACCGGAUUUGGUGGGACAUUUGACUUUUUCUACCUCCCCAUGGAUCACAGCACUAGAGCUAAUUUCGGCUACUGCUUCAUCAACUUUACAACGCCAGAAGUGGCUUCACUGUUCACACACCUUUUCAGCGGGAAGCAGUUGAACAUGUCAACGUCGAAGAAAAUCGUAGAAAUUGUGCCCGCUAAGCUGCAAGGUUUCGAUGCCAAUUUAUUGCACUACAGCAAGAAGGCCGUCUCCACUGACUCGAAGGAAGAGUUCCGCCCACUGUUCCUGGUUGAUGGCUAUCGACUAUCUUUCACUCGCGUUCCAUUACAAAAACCGAGAGAAAUGGGGAGGCAUUCGUCCAGACAGCGUUCUGCGUGUUCAAGCCCUGAGAGGAGCGACAAGGAGAAUCGAGUCGGUCUUGCCUCCAAUAUCGGGACUCUUCUCAAGAACGCCUGCCACUGUACUGGAGAUAAUCCAAUUUCAGGCGAGGAGAGACUGAUGGGGGAGCGUUACGCUCCUUUUGGGUUCAAUGAUGGCCAGGAGAGGUUCCGCUGGAUGAAGAACUCUAACGAGGCCUCAGACGAUCCUCCCUCGAUCCAAUCUCCCGACUUUCCAAUAUUCCUAGACGGUGAUCAUCCGUCGACUAUCGGUGAGACCAAUGUCUAUAUACUUAAGGCAGUUCGUGUAUAA